GAAACUUAAAACCUGUCUUUUGUUGGUGACUGCACACGGUUUGGUCAUCAUCACUUCGGCGAUGGCGCACGGCGGAUAUGCGAGGCGGAGAGUUGCAGAGCGGAAGACGACGGCAGGAACUAGUCGGAGAUCGAAAGGAUUGCGCGUGGAGAAAAAACCGAAGAAUUCCUCUCUCAAGAAUCAAAUUCGUUCCAUCGGUCGCAUGAUUCGUAAAGAUCUUCCUCCUGAAGUAAGAGAGGCUCUAGAAAAGAAGUUGGAUGAUCUGAAGAAGCAGCAAGAUAUCCAUUUCCGUCUUGCUUUUGAACGUAAAAUCUUCCUAAGGAACAGAAAGGUCAGAUUCUUCGAGCGGAGAAAGAUUGAAAGGAGUAUAAGACGUCUCGAGAAGCUACAUCGGAGUACAUCUGGUGGUUAUGUGCAAGAUGCAGAAAUAGGUGGGCAACUCAAUAGACUCAAAGAAGACCUUGAAUAUGUUAGGUUCUUCCCCAAGAAUGAGAAGUAUGUAUCGCUAUUUAGUGGAUCUGAUGAUUUACAAGUAUCUGAGCGGAGAAGUAAAUUGCGGAAGCAAAUCAAAGCCAACAUAAUUUUUGCUGCUGCCAGUGGGAAAGAGUUGGAAGAGACAGGGAGCGAAGAUGAUGCUCUUUUGGACCUGAGUGACGAUGACUUCUUUGUCAACGGAAGUUCAAGUGACGAAGCAGAUGCGGAUGAUGAGUGGACUGAUAAAAGCACAAAAGAGCCGGUUUCUAGUGCUUCUGGUAGAGCAACAUCGAGCAUGUCCAGUGACGAAAGAAAUCAGAAGCCAUACUCUACUAGGGUUUUAAUGCCACCACCACGGUCAAGGUUUGCAUCAACAUCUCGUCAGUAUUCAUCUGUGAAGAGGAAUGAGAUACCUUCCUCCAGCAACACUUCACAUAGAAGAAGCCAGUCUUCACAUGCUGCCACUAGUUCGCAUACAAGUCAGAGUAGCAACUUGAGUUCUAAUUCUGAUGCUCACAAACCCAAGAGGAAGAGAAGGCCUAAGAAGAAGAAGCUACAGGCGUGAACAAGGUCUCUCCCGCCAUGUCUGAGAAAACGAAGAAGCUCGUAACACAGUUCAUCAAUUCCAAAAGCUUCACUCAUUACUACGGCCUGUCUAGUCUUACAUCUUCUGAUUGGAUCUAAUGCGUAUAUAUAUGUUGCCAUGAAAGCAGAGAGGUAGGUGUCUGUUGUUUUUGGCUGAUGAAAUGAACCCUAAGCUUUGGGCAAAACGUAUUUCUCAUAUAAGAUAAGUUUUUUUUUUGUUUCUAUUGAUUUAUGUUCAUGUUGGCUUUGAUCGAAUUGUAUUAAUUAAUGGGAGUAAUCCAACCUCGACCAUCAAUAAUAUGAUCUAAGAACUAGUGAACCAAAAUAGAAAAUGGGUAUUGCUUGAAAAUCUCUUUGAUCAAUGAGAACGCAAAACAGAAUUGCUACAAAUAUAAAAACAACUCUUCAAUCUUCAUAACACUUUAAUUAAUGUAAUACACAUAACCAAAGAUUUAAGGACAACCUUUUGCCCUGUUUCUGAAACAAAAUGUAAUUAGGUUCCAGUUUCAUAUGCUUAAGACCAUUAAGCAUGUUUACAUUUGAAUUUUACCGAUGAGGUAAAUAAAGGCUAUGAAUUGGAUUCAAUCCAAUGAACAUAGAUCUUGCCCGAGAAACCCGACAACCCAAGCACAGACAGAGAUUUCUCUGAACCAAAAGAAACUCUAUUUUUCUUCAAGUUCUUUUGUGUCUCUGUUAGAUUUCUUGAAGAUAUAUCUCAUACACCACAGCCUAAACCUUUGGCUUCUGAUCCUUUCAUGAUCCUUAGUCUCUUGCACGUACAUAUGAACAUCCUGCAACAACAAACAGAACCCAUAAGAACACUUACAAAAUUGUUGUUUCUGAUUUUUGAUUUUGUGGAAAUUGUUUUCAGACAGGUAUAUGAAAGAAGACUUACUCCCAUGGAACAUCACCAAUGAGCAUCCAAUCACCAUCUUUGUCU